UGGAUCGUCUGGCUCGACAGCGGGCAUCGGGUCACCAGGCAUGACAGCAGGCACUGGGUCAUCAGGUACCGGAUCGUCUGGAUCGACAGCGGACACCGGGUCAUCUGGCGCUGGAUCGUCUGGCUCGACAGCGGGCAUCGGGUCACCAGGCAUGACAGCGGGCACUGGGUCAUCAGGCAUUGGAUCGUCUGGCUCGACAGCGGGCAUCGGGUCACCAGGUACCGGAUCGUCUGGUUCGACAGCGGGCACUGGGUCAUCAGACACAUCAGGCUGGGUACAGACAUCAGGCUGAAGUGCGGGUGCCGAGGCACCAGGCUGAACCACGGAAGGCAGGUUCUCAGACGGCAGGCUCACCGGUUUGGAUACUGGCAGGAUGUUACUGGUUGGAAAGAAUUUCCGCUUUUUUCUGGUUUUAACUACUGGGGCACUGCAAGUAAACA